CGAGCGGCGGGCCGGACGCGGCGGCGGGCGCGCACCAUGCAGUCCCCGCGGGGCCAGCGCCGGCUUCUUGCGCGGCUGUGAGGCGGCGGGGUCCCCCAGCCCUGGCGCACCGCCUUCCUCUCGCCCAGGUGGUGCCAGGCGCCCUCGCCCUUCGUCCUACUCCCGGACCUUGGAGGAACGCACGGCCUGCCCUUGCCCUGCCCCGCCCGGAUCAUGCUGGGGGCCCCGGAGGAGGAGACGGCGAGUGACCGGCCUGUGGCGUUCAGGAGGCGACCCCCUCUCUGAGACGCCCCCACCUGCUGCCAUGUGCCGCCGUCUCGAGUACCCAGCCUAUCGCCAAACUUUCCCGGUGUCAGCCCGGCUUUAGGCGCAUUUCUGAACCGAGUGUCCCAGGGACGGAGAACUCAGCUGGCUGUGGACUAUCUGCUUCUCUCCGGAUCUGGAGAGAGCACUUUUCCCUGGAAGCAGAGCCCUCGCCGACCCUCUCCAGCCCUGCUAGGCGAAGAGCUGAGCGCUGCCGAAGCAGUUGAUCUCUAGACGGAUUUCUUUAAGAGAAAAAGAAACCAACAGGUUGCCAGUCCGGGAACCACUCACAAGUCCGCGGAGAGGGAAGCCCCUGCCCCGGGUUCCCCUGCCUGCGCCGGCCCCGCGCGGGCGGCGGGAGGCGAGGGGAGGGAGGGGGCUAUGGCUCGGCCUGACCCGUGCGCGCCGCCCUCGCUGCUGCUGCUGCUCCUGGCGCAGCUGGCGGGCCGGGCGGCGGCCGCCUCCAAGGCCCCGGUGUGCCAGGAAAUCACGGUGCCCAUGUGCCGCGGCAUCGGCUACAACCUGACGCACAUGCCCAACCAGUUCAACCAUGACACUCAGGACGAGGCUGGCCUGGAGGUGCACCAGUUCUGGCCACUGGUGGAGAUCCACUGCUCGCCGGACCUGCGCUUCUUCCUGUGCUCCAUGUACACGCCCAUCUGCCUGCCGGACUACCACAAGCCGCUGCCGCCCUGCCGCUCGGUGUGCGAGCGCGCCAAAGCCGGCUGCUCGCCGCUCAUGCGCCAGUACGGCUUCGCCUGGCCGGAGCGCAUGAGCUGCGACCGCCUCCCGGUGCUGGGCCGCGACGCCGAGGUCCUGUGCAUGGAUUACAACCGCAGCGAGGCCACCACGGCCCCUCCCAGGCCUGUCCCGGCCAAGCCCACCCUCUCGGGCCCACCCGGGGUGCCGGCUCCAGGGAGCGAGUGCGCCGCGGGGGGACCUUCGGUGUGCAAGUGCCGCGAGCCUUUUGUGCCCAUUCUGAAGGAGUCGCACCCGCUGUACAACAAGGUGCGGACGGGCCAGGUGCCCAACUGCGCAGUGCCCUGCUACCAGCCGUCCUUCAGCCCCGACGAGCGCACGUUCGCCACCUUCUGGAUCGGCCUGUGGUCUGUGCUGUGCUUUAUUUCCACCUCCACCACGGUGGCCACCUUCCUCAUAGACAUGGAACGCUUCCGCUACCCCGAGCGCCCCAUCAUCUUCCUGUCAGCCUGUUAUUUGUGCGUGUCACUGGGCUUUCUCGUGCGCCUGGUCGUGGGCCAUGCGAGUGUCGCCUGCAGCCGCGAGCAUAGCCACAUCCACUACGAGACGACGGGCCCUGCGCUGUGCACUGUGGUCUUCUUGCUGGUCUACUUCUUUGGCAUGGCCAGCUCUAUCUGGUGGGUAAUCCUGUCACUCACCUGGUUCUUGGCGGCGGGCAUGAAGUGGGGCAACGAGGCCAUCGCGGGCUACGCGCAGUACUUCCACCUGGCCGCGUGGCUCAUCCCCAGCGUCAAGUCCAUCACGGCGCUGGCCCUGAGCUCGGUGGACGGGGACCCGGUGGCUGGCAUCUGCUACGUGGGCAAUCAGAACCUGAACUCGCUGCGCGGCUUCGUGCUGGGCCCGCUGGUGCUCUACCUGCUGGUGGGCACGCUCUUCCUGCUGGCGGGCUUCGUGUCGCUCUUCCGCAUCCGCAGCGUCAUCAAGCAGGGCGGCACGAAGACGGACAAGCUGGAGAAGCUCAUGAUCCGCAUCGGCAUCUUUACGCUGCUCUACACCGUGCCUGCCAGCAUCGUGGUGGCCUGCUACCUGUACGAGCAGCACUACCGCGAGAGCUGGGAGGCCGCGCUCACCUGCGCCUGCCCGGGCCCCGACGCCGGCCAGCCGCGCGCCAAGCCCGAGUACUGGGUGCUCAUGCUCAAGUACUUCAUGUGCCUCGUGGUGGGCAUCACGUCGGGCGUCUGGAUUUGGUCGGGCAAGACGGUGGAAUCGUGGCGGCGCUUCACCAGCCGCUGCUGUUGCCGUCCGCGACGGGGCCACAAGAGCGGGGGCGCCACGGCCGCAGGGGACUAUGCCGAGGCGAGUGCUGCGCUGACUGGCAGGACCGGGCCCCCGGGCCCCGCCGUCGCCGCCUACCACAAGCAGGUGUCACUGUCGCACGUGUAGAAGGCAGGCCGCAGCCCAGGGACCUGGCCCGCAGUGAGGGGCGUUGUCUGGGUGCCAGCUUGUCCCCUCACUUCCAUCCCCCCCCCCGUGGUGCUGACGCCCCCUCCUGCCCCCUCCUCGGCCCCCUGAGGAGGGGAGAGGGGCAGAUUCAAGGGACGCCUGUCCGAGGACUUCUCAAAGGGGCUCAGCUCUCGAGUAUUCUAUUUUGCGUUUCUUACUGCCUUUUUUUGGGGGGGUUGGGUGGGGGGACUCUUUUUAAUUUAUAUGCCAUUUCCCCCUAAUUUUUAACUGUUGCAUUUUGGCAACAAAAUUUACCUUUGCUUUGGUACUUUACGGUCCUAAUGUUGGCAUUAUAAUGAAGUUCCACUUGGUUCAGAUUUCUUUGAACUGUGUGGUCUAAUUUGGGAAAAUAUAUUUCCUGUACUCUGUCUUUAAAGAAAAAUGUGAACGGUGAACGUUUGGGUUGCUGUGACUGGUAAGUUAUCCCUUGGGCUUUUUCAUCUUGUUUCACCUUUCACUGCUUAAAGUGUCCAAGAUAUUUUAAGGUGAGCUGCUCCACCUGUUCUCCUAAUGAACUGUAUAAAUUAGGGGAACCCUCAAAUCAUCCCAAGCAGGGGGAGGGAACAUAAUGUGGGCAGGGCCUCCUAAAUGUAGCAAGGUUAAGCCUCCAGGGAUUUUA